AUGUCGUUAUGUAUUGUUGACUCGGAACCACUGGAUGUCAUGGAGUCCACCCUGGCAGAUUUGGACUUUGGAGCGAUUGAAAACAAGGGUGUGGAACGAAAAGAGUGGGAAAGUCCAUACGGCGAAGAGCAACUGCGUAAACGUAUUGAGGGUGCACUCGACCGCUUCGCGCAGUUCUUUCUGACUCCGAAAUUUGCCGCCAGCAUGAUGGAAAGAGAGGUAUGGAUCAUAGAGUUCGAAGGAAAUGUAUGUGAAACUGCUUCUAUAAUUGAUAACGCGCAAUCAGUCGGGAUGAUGGCAGCGAUCAUCUAUCUCAGAAUGGUCACCCGCGUUCGGUUGACUUCUUCUGCCAGUGGUGAUCGCUCAUUGGUCGAGAUGGGAAGGAAACAACGGUGGUUGGAACACCGCGGGUAA